AUGUCAGCCCCUGUUGUAUACGAGGGGCAAGUGCAGGGCGGUGGCGGCACAUUAUUCAACGACAUGAAGUUCUGGGUUGCCCAACGCGUACCUAUGCGCAGUACUUGGGUUCAAAAUAUCGAGAACAACGGCGGCACCAUCACAAAGCUAGACAAGCAAGCAGAUUAUUUGAUCGCUGACCAUGCGAAAAACGAUGUCCCCGCGGGAUCGUACUCGUGGAAGUGGAUCGAGGACUCAGUAAAGGGCGGUAAGAUCAUGGACAAGGAAGAUUACUUGAUUGGUGCCCCGCGCCAUGAGUCGAGGCCCGCUGGAUCAGUACAGCACAAGUCCACAAGGAACUCAUUUACCAAGCAGGAUGACGAACUCCUGGCGAAAUUCGUCACCAGAUAUGAGAGGGAAGGCACCGCCGUUCUAGGCAACACUAUAUAUAAGCAAUUUGAAGCAAAGUAUCCUCACCAUACCUACCAAUCCUGGAGGGACCGCUGGGUCAAGAAACUGCAAUAUCGUGAAAGACCCCACAUAUCGGACAGCAAAUCUUCACCACCUCUAGCGGAUGUGCCUGGUGCUGUCUCUGCGAAGCCACGGCCGAUGCCACAAGCUCCGCUUCAAAGAUUACCGGCUCCACGUGACACCUCUGCUAGAAGCGCGUCGCCGCCCAAGAAGACGAGAGCUAGGUUUACCCAGGACGAAGACCAAGUGCUUAUGCAGUAUAUCGAAGACAUGAAACAGUACGGCAAGGGGGUGUCCGGCAAGAAUAUAUACAUGGACUUCGCCGAAGAUUUCCCUCAGCACACAUGGCAAGCAUGGAGAGACCGAUACCUGAGACAGCUGAGGCCUCGUGAAUUCUUGAACGAUGCUGAAGUUACUCCUCAACCCUCUCCAGCUGCAAAGAGUGCACAUACUAAAACGCCCCAGCAGCCUGGUCCGGUUCAAUCAAACCCCAAUAUUGUGAAAGGACAAGGCAGGAAUAGUGGUAUGCACGUCCCAAGUGCCGCUGCGCUCACACACGCAAAUCCUAAGCAGGAUGACUUGUGCCCAGAAGACCUCAGGCUCGAACCCCCAUCGGAAGAUGCUGACAGGGGCUAUGUUGCGCAAAAUUUCAUUCCGCCUGCUGAGCCAGGAAGCAUUGGCGAUGGGACAGCUGAGGCUGCUGGAAAUUCAAUCUCAAAGAGGCAGACCAGUCAUCCUGAUGGUAAAAGUACAGGCUCUUACGGAGUGGAUGACGAUGUCUCAGUAUCAGAAAUGACCACAAAUCAAACACAGGCUUUCAUAGAUACAAGAGAGGAUUUCUUGUCUGUAUAUGGAAACUUUCUCACAGCAGAAUCACAAAUCGAUCCGGAUACCAUUCAAACACACAUCACCUUACACGGGCGAACAUUUGAGAUUUGGAGUCUUUGGAAAGUCGUGCAAGAACAAAAGGUGGAGCCUGCUGAGCGCGACUGGCAGCAAAUCGCGGAGAAUUUGGGGUUCGAUUGGACUGAGAUGCCAUCUAUCCCUGAUGCGAUCAGAGAUCUAUACGAGAUCAAUCUUGCAGAGUUCGAAAUUAUCAUGUUGGAAUAUGGACAAGAUUCAGGGGACACAGAAGAGGAGGAUUUUGACGACGAGCAAACCGGCACACCGCAACUGCAGGCACGUAAACUUCUCGGCACCGAUGGUUUGCUAGCGGAAGAUCAAUUCAACUCUUCGCCACCAAAACAGCCAUCGCUGAAGCGCGCGCACGACUCGACCUUUUCUUCCGACUUGGGGUACCCUGACUCGUCUAGAAAACGUUCCAGGUUAGAUCGUGCCGGCGAGAUUCCAUCCACUCCAGACGCAAAGAAUGGAACCUUGCAUCUGCGUCCUUCUGUGAGCGCUGCCAUAUCUCCUGACGACAGACGCUACAUAGCAUUACCCAAAUCCUCCCGCGCAAUACAAAACAAGAGGAGCAGCACGCAGGUCAACGCGGAAGACGAAGAAAUGCAGGUUAGAGGAGUAGAUGAAGAUGCGAUUACAAGAUCGCGUCGAGCUGCAAUUGGCCCCACAAUGCAGGGCAUGCAGUUCGAGACUCAAGUUAUGGGCAACUUGGAAGAAGAGACCCAAGCUGAAGUCACGCCAUCACAACAGCUUCACAGUGAGAUUCAUGCAGAGGAGAGGCGCCGGGAGCUGAACCGGACUUCACCAACACCUAAGAGGAAAGUGAAGUCCCCUUUCAUCGCGGAUGAUGACGACGAUGAUGAUAACGACGAGGAAGAGGAAACCAUUUUACCAAAAGCACGGUUUGGUAAAGGCCCGAACCCGCUUUCGGAGCAACUACACCUGCUCGAACCAAAGCGUCGAUCCUUUCAUGCGUCCUUCACUAAAGCCAUGAAAGCUCCGUCAACGCAGCCUCGCAAAUCAAUGCCCACUUCUUCUCAAAAGUCCACAUGGAUCUCUUCCCCGCGUGACUCUAACCGGUCAACGCCUGCACAACUACCAGCUAGAACGAAGACAAAGGCAGAAGAAUUGGCCGAAGUGGUAAUAUACUGGGAGUCACUAGGCUAUCUACAUGCCCGGCGUUGCUUGGAAGCCGCGACAUGGGAACCCGGACUAGCUGGACGUGUGAUGGAGCAUAUGAGGGAUGGGAACCCUAUCCCAACGAACUGGGAGGGUGUCUGGUCUCCUCAUGAUGACGAGAGUCUGAGGUUGAUAGAUUCCUAUGAACCUCCGAAAGACGAAAGGGAAGCCAGGAAGCGCAGGAAAGCAGCUGAGAGGUUGAAAGACAAGCAUGGGGAAGAACGUCUAGAACUAAGGAGAAAGUGGCUAGCUGCAAAGGCUGAGCUGUGA